GCUGGAAUCCAGAGAAAGCCAAAGCUGAUUUCCAUUCCAGCUAAUGUGGGUGCUGGUCGUGCUGGUCGUGCUGGUAGAUUGAUUGACAGGCAUUGAAUAUGAGUAGCUAAUGCACAUGCAUGCUGGUGCUAGGUGGUGUUUCAAGGAAUUCUUCCAUUCUGACGAUAUGCGUUGUGCAAAGUAGCUACACAAGCACCCGACAUGUUUCUGGGACAAGAACUUGUAUUACAUUGUUUCCCAAGUAAACAACACGCUUUGGAAAGAUGAGCACUGCGGAGAUGGAACAACAAGCUCCAGCGCUGACUGCGCCCAAUAAGGCAGCUCCAGAAGACUCCAUUAACCCCGAGGAGCUUGAACUGUUGACUUCCCCCUCCAGUUCCGUUCAGGUUACAGUACCAGAAACUGUACCGGAAGCUUCACAGAAGCCUCUUCGUCCUAAAAGGACGAGCAAACGAAAGAGUCACAAAAAGAAACGAAGUGGCAGCGAGGUGCAGUCGGUCACCACAAAUUCACCAAGCUCAUCGACGAUGAACGAUGAAACAGUGAUAUCAGAUGUAUGUUCAUCACCUGUAGAAUCAACAAUUCAGGAAGCAUCUCGCUCCGAUGACGUAGAAGUUCCAACUGUUCUCGUGGACCCCGGAAUACCUGCAACAAGUGCAGCUUCACUCGAUGAACAGAUUCUUGAAGUUCUACGUGACAUCGUUCGCAAAUGCAGCGUCCAAGAUGCAGGGAAGAGGCCAUCAGCGGCAGAAGUCUACUCCACUUUGGAAAAGUACCUCUGAUAGCAGAAAUAGAAACCCUGGCGUAGAUUUUUAAUUAAGCGAUGUUUGUGUGUAUUAUAGACAUGUAGUGUAAAUAUACUAUACAGCAUGUGUUCUCAAAUGGCAUGUUCAUGGUGGGAAAAUUGUGCCAUACUUCCAAUUAAAGCAUACUUGACAAUUAGUCAUAAAACUUGAGGUUUGGUAUAGAACAAGCUUAUCUAGCAAACUCUGUCGUGCAGCAAUAAAUGCUGUAAACAAGGUA